GUACACCUCCACCGCUACGGCGCUACAGCGAAGGCCACGCUUCAAACCGCGUCUGCGAAUCGGUGAUGGUGAUGGAACGAAACGCCUCCUCGGCUAGAGCUCCAACUCCAAACGCAAAAGGGUAGCACAAAAGCAAACCCAAUUUGCCAAUUAUACACUCCUCCACCACGCCCCCCCUCUAGGCCUCUACUCUCUCUCUCUCUCUCUCUCUCUCUCAUGUUCAGUGUGUAUAGAUAGGCGUGAAUGGUAGCUUGGUGGAGCAGAAACCCAUUUCCUCUUAUUUUAUUGAAGAAGAAAAUGGACGAUUAAAGUGGUAUUUCGAUGCAUUCCCCCCCCAAAACUACCACGUUGCUCUUUGAUCUACCUUCUCCUGUAUUGCCCGUUAAUUUUCUGAAGUUCUGUAUGUUACUGUGCACCAAAGCUGUGAUUUGGUCGAUCCGUGGGGGAAACUAGGAAAAGAGAGUGAGGGAUUUUAUUGGGAUGAAAGGUUAGAUCGUGGUUGUGCCUGGGAAUCGAGCAAAUGUCUCCGGCUACCAGUACAGGUCCAGCUACUGCUGCUUCUGCUUCUGCUUCUGGAGGUGCUAAUUACAUUGAACAUCCAGUCUCCAACAUGGACACUCUAGCUGGUGUGGCCAUCAAGUACGGUGUUGAGGUGGCUGACAUUAAAAGGAUGAAUGGCUUGGCCACAGAUCUUCAAAUGUUUGCGUUGAAGUCAUUGCAGAUACCAUUGCCAGGAAGGCAUCUGCCAUCCCCCAGUUUGUCUGAUGGCUCUGUUUCUUUAGGGGGAUGCAGCACUGGAAAACUGCCACCUCGCACAAGCCGCUCCAAUGUGGUUGAUUUAUUUCAGUCGUCGAGGUCAAAGUCACCCAAAGGGAAGGUUUCUCCGGCCAUGAGCACAUUGCAGAAUUAUUAUGGUCUUGAAACCCCGAAAAAGAACGGUGUGCCUGAAGGCACAGAGAUGGCAGUUUACAGGUUGGAGACUUCACAUUUCUCUGAUGAUGGAUUGCUACCCAAACCUUCGCCCAUUUCUUACCCACUUCUACCCCGCCCUCACAAUUAUGGGAACAAAACUAAUGGUAUAUUGCUGGAGAACGGUGCAGUGGCUGAGAAUUUGCCUAUUGCAGAAGCUGGAGAUGGAGAGGGUGAAAGAUCCAACGAGAAGUCCAUCCGUAGACGGCAGAAAGCCGAAGCUGAUUCUCUGGCAGGCACACCAGAAAGACUGUUGAAAGUAGAGAAUGGUGGGGUGCGUAGUGGUUUUUCAGCAAUAACUGGAAAGGGUUUGGCCUUAAGACCGAAAUUGGCCAGCCGAGCAGCAUCGGUUGCUGACAUUGAGGCGGGAAGUUUGAUUUUGGCAGACAUGGGAGCUUCUACAAUGGCCAAUGGACAUGAUGGGGUACGCAAAUCAUCAAGCACGUCAAGCCUGCAAGAGCAGGAUCCCAAUAGUUCAUCUUCUGUUUGGCCAACGUCCAAAUGGAACUUGAAACCAGACCUGCAAGCGCUUUCCAGUGCAGCCAUAAUCUUUGAUGGGUUGCCAAAGCCUGGUCGCUGGAAUAAAGCUGCUCGUGAUUAGCUUAAUUAGGUUCCCUUUGCUUAUUCACACAAUUCAAUUCGUUUCUUCACCUUCAUUUCCAUGGAUUUGUCAACUGACACUACACAAGCAAAUGCCGUAAUAUAUAUUUGAUUCCAAGGAAAGAACAACUGGAAAAGAAAAUAUAAAGGAAGACGUGAUCCAUCAUUCUUUUCAAGUAUAUGAAGAUUGUAUCCACGCACACAGAACAGAGCUCCAUAAGAAAGUGCAAAAAGGUGUUACUGAUUUCUUUCUAUCUUAUAAAUUCUUUGCUCUUUUUUAUUUUUCUUUUUUGGAAAAAAAGUGGUGGUCUCUAAUGGAUAUAGGCCAAUAUUUAGAUAA